GGCGUCCAGUAUUAAUGCCCCAAGGGAAUUACGUCACAGCAUUGGUCGUGCAACACUACCACGAGACAUGGAAGCAUCAAAAUGAGAAUACUAUAGUAGCAGAAAUACGCCGAAAGUAUUACAUACCGCACUGCCGACAGGAGGUUCGCCGCGUAUCUAGGAACUGUCGGACUUGCAAAAUCCUAAGAGCAACUCCAAAACCGCCACUAAUGGGACAGCUCCCUAAAGACAGACUUUCUCCGUACGUACGCCCAUUCUCGUAUGUGGGAGUCGAUUACAUGGGACCGUUUUUAGUCGUAAGAGGAAGAAGCACAGAGAAACGCUGGAUAUGCAUAUUCACAUGCCUUACAAUAAGAGCGAUUCAUUUGGAGAUCGCCAGAGACCUGACGACAGAUACGUGCCUUCGAGUGUUGCAUAACUUCAUGGCACGACGUGGUAGACCUGUACGGAUCCGAUCGGAUAACGGGACAAACCUGGUGGGAGCUGAGCGUGAAUUAAAAGAAACAUUGCAGGUUCUGGACCAUGUGAAAAUAGCGAAUGAGUUGGCAACCGAAAAAAUCGAAUGGCUAUUUAAUUGCCCGCUUAAUCCCCAUGCAGGAGGGUGUUGGGAACGAUUGGUGCGAAGCGUGAAGAGGGCCAUCGGACACGCAUUAUUUGAGAAAAAUCUGAAAGAGGACAUUUUAUAUAGCCUAAUGUGUAACGCUGAAAAUAUAGUCAAUUCCAGACCGCUCACACACAUUGCUCUGGAUGAUCCCGAUGACGACCCGAUAACCCCUAAUCACUUUCUCCUAGGUUCUGCCAAUUCUAGCCAAACACCACAUCCACAAGAAGAGAAGUACCAGCCAACACGAAAGGACUGGCGUAUUGCUCAGCAGAUCUCACACUCAUUUUGGAGCAAGUGGCUCAAUGAGUACCUACCGGACUUAUGCAGACGGACGAAGUGGUAUCAACCGGUGCCACCACUGGCUGAAGGAGACGUCGUUCUUAUCUGCGAUAAGAAUCUCCAUCGACACCAAUGGAAAAAGGGAAUGAUCCUUGCAGUUACAGCUGGACGCGACGGACAGGUUCGCUCAGCAACUGUGAAGACGACCACUGGAGUUCUCAACCGCCCAACUUGUAUGCUGGCAAAGCUAGAUGUAUUGUGAAUCACAAGCGGGUUUGGUUCACGGUGGUGGGGAUGUUGUGAAGAAUCUCAUUAUUAUUAUUAUUUGUAUUUUUAAUAUUUACUAAUUAGUCAAAAUCCUGAAUACCAUUAUUGUUAACAUAAUUAAUGUAAGAGAAAAAUGGUCACACUGCCAAUAAGAGAAAAAUGGCCACACUAAGUAUGAUCGAUAGUCAGUCGAGAGCGUAAAAGAAAACGAAGCGUAUGUAACCAGAGUAGUGGACAUUUUUUGGUAUUAACAUUGAAUAUAUUCCUAGGAAAUAAAACACACAUAUAACCACGGCAUUCAAGGUUGUAGUUUUAUACGCAUAACGCUAAGGAAUCAACAGAUGCUAUAAUACACCACUUGAAACAAAAAUCAUCAGCAUUUUUGACAUUGAUUAUAGCAUUUCGUGAUUUUAUUUUUUUGGGUGCUUCUAUGUACUUAUUUGCAGACAUAAUGUGGCGCAUUUCUCUAGAGGGAGGGUAGCUCUCUCCACAUAUUGAACAGGUAAUAUUUACCAUUGGGAGUAUCCAUUCUAGGACGUUUUGCGGUUCCUGACGUUGACGGUCCUUGUUGGUUAGUUGUUUUAGAGUUUUUGCUCAUUAUGAUUUCGAAGGCAUUUCGACGAUCCGAGCAUAGAGAGUAAGGGCUCUGUUAAAUCCAUGGACUUAGAGCAUCUGUCACCCUUAAUUUGUUUCCGGAGACCUGAACAAAUUUCAUAAUGAGAGUCCAACUCCGUUGACUCUAAAGAUUUAUAGCACAGCUUACACUCAAAACCACUUUUACUAUUCAAAGUGGACAAAGAGUGUUUUCUAAAUGACGUUCUAUUUAUCUUCUUAACUCCUACUUAUUCGUUUGUAACCAAAAGAUUCAAUACCUGCUUUCAAACCUAUUUCAAACGAUUUCUACUGGUGGUGAAUCAAUAAACCAAUAAAUAACUUCAAUAGCACCUGUAUACUACCUAAAAUCCACUUGUUCUUUUUGUGUAAUCCCCGCUUAGAAAAACCUGAUUCAAACGAAUCCUAUGAUUCUCUUGGGGAUGAAACAUUUGAGAAAGUGAAAUUCACCCAAUCAAAAGUAAGGGAAACAUUGAAAACAAAAUAUUUUUAAAUUUAGUAUUAUAUUUAAUAUAUGUAUAUAUUAUAAUUUGAAAAAUACAUCGAGCUAUAAUAUUAUAAAUAAG